GUCUUGUUUUUACUGGUUAAAGCCUUAAAACUGAUUUGCUGUCUUUUUAGAGAGAUUUCAGGAAGGAGAGUAGAGAUUAGUGAUUUUCCCAACCUGCUUACCAAUCUUGAAGCUAUAAGAGCUGGAGGAAAUGGAAGAACAGUUCUUCAGGCUUCUGUUAGUAACGGGCUUCUGCCUACUGGGAUGCACUUCUGACCCUCCUCAUCUUUAAAUGUUCCUGCAAGUUGUCAUUUGGAAAGCUCCUACAUACUCUGAACAAUAAGGAACAGUAGGAAUAAGCCCAGAGUCAGAAUUAAUUGUUUGAUAACAAGUAUCUAGAGAUGUUAAAGCUGUCCUGAGUCGUCGAGGGGAUUUUGCAGCUGUUUGAGUAGCCACAGUUCACCAAUAAACACAGGGUGAAUGUGGUCUGUAGGAGGGCACCAGAUAACAUGAUUUAGAUCCCGCCUGGAAUUACAGAGAAGGGGAUGUCCCUGAUAUUGAGCCGAACACAUAGCAUUCGUGACAGAGAGUGUUUGGGUGCAAGGUGAGAAUCUGCAGAGAUCAUCUUCCUCUUCAGAAACCGUUGUGAAGUGGUCAGACUGUUGUUUGCCGUUAGCUUGCAGACCUGGGGACCCCUAUCAGUUAAUCGCCAAAGCAAGCGUGGAUGACUUCAGCAAGCUGGGGGUGGCGUUCAUGGAAGAUAGACUCCAGAUGGCUAAUGGACUGAUACCCCAAAAGAUUGUUUCGGUGCACCUGCAGGACUCCGCUCUGAAGGAACUUAAGGACCAGGCUGCUAACAAGCCAUCCCACAUCCUGCAGCCGAACCCUGAAUCUGCUGUCGAGGGUGAGCUGGGUCCGGGCGUUAUGGAGCACGUUGGUAAAGAUGACCCAAAGGUUCUUGGUGCAGAACCCACCCAAGGGCAAGGCGGUGCCUCUGGGAGCGAGCCUGCUGGGGAGAGCGACGGAGAGGGCUGCGUCGAGCUCUGUCACCUCCAUCUGUCUAGUUGCCACGAGUGUUUGGAGCUGGAGAACAGCACCAUUGAAUCCGUCAAGUUUGCAUCUGCAGAGGACAUUCCAGAUCUUCCCUACGACCCCAGCGGCAGUUCGGAGGGUGUUGCUGAAGUUACCUGCCGGGAGAGAGAAGGGAGGAGAGCCAAUAUGACGGGAAAGGCACCCAACAUCCUCAUCUAUGUGGGCUCCGACUCCCAGGAAACCCUGGGCAGGUUCCAGCAGGUCCGGUCUGUCCUGGCUGACUGUGUGGACCCCGAUGGCUACACGCUUUACCACCUGCCGGGGGACAGUGCGCUCAGAGACCCGUGGUCAGACAACUGCCUGUUGUUGGUCAUUGCCACCGGGGAGUCUAUUCCCAAAGACCUGUACCAGAAGUUCAUGGCCUACCUUUCUCAGGGAGGGAAGGUGCUGGGUCUGUCCUCGUCCUUCACGUUUGCCGGCUUCCGGGUGACCAGCAAGGACGCAUUGCAGGCGACAGUCCAGAACUUGGUUUUCUCCAAGGCUGACGGGAGCCAGGUGAAGCUCAGCGUCCUGAGCAGUGGCUGCGUUUACCAGGAGGGCUCCGGGGAGUGUCUCAGCCUGGGCGGGCUCCAGGGCCACCUGGAGAAUGAUGAUGAGGACAGGCUGAUUGUGCAAGUGCCUUUUGGAGCACACGGAGGAGAGGCUGUUCUUUGCCAGGUGCACUUAGAACUACCUCCCAGCUCUUCAGUAGUGCAGACUAAAGAAGAUUUCAAUCUGCUCAAGUCUAGCAAUAGUAGAAGAUAUGAAGUCCUUAAGGAGAUCCUGAUCACCCUUGGCCUAAGCUGUGACAUAAAGCACGUUCCUGCCUUAACUCCUCUUCACCUGCUCUUGGCUUCGGAGGAAAUCCGGGAUCCUUUUAUGCAGUGGCUGGAGAAACGUGUGGAUCCAGGAGGAGUAAUAACAUCCAGCAAGCUCUCCCUCAAGUUUGUCCCAUCCUACACAUCUGAAAUAGAAGUCACCCCAACUGCUGUACCCGUGGUGACUGACACAAUGGCCUUCUCCUCUGAAAAUUUUAACUUAGAGAUCUACCGACAAAAUUUGCAGACAAAACGACUUGGAAAAGUAAUUCUGUUUGCCGAAGUGACGUCCACCACCAUGAAUCUUCUGGACGGGUUGAUGUUUGAGAUGCCACAGGAAAUGGGUUUAAUAGCCAUCGCAGUCCGCCAAACACAGGGCAAAGGGCGAGGAAGGAAUGUAUGGCUGAGCCCCGCAGGAUGCGCUCUUUCUACGCUGCUGGUAUCCAUCCCACUGAGAUCCCCGCUGGGACAGAGGAUCCCAUUUGUCCAGCAUCUGAUGUCCCUGGCUGUGGUGGAGGCGGUCAGGUCCAUUCCUGGGUACCAGGACAUCAACUUACGGGUGAAGUGGCCCAACGACAUUUAUUACAGUGACCUCGUGAAACUUGGCGGAGUUCUGGUUAACUCCACGCUUAUGGGAGAAACAUUUUAUAUACUUAUUGGCUGUGGAUUUAACGUGACUAACAGUAACCCUACCAUAUGCAUCAACGACCUCAUCACAGAAUACAAUAAGGAGCACGGGGUGGAACUGGAGCCCUUAAGAUCUGAUCAUCUCAUCGCCAGAACCGUGACGGUGCUGGAGAACCUGAUUGACACGUUUCAGAACGAAGGGCCCAAUGGUGUUCUCCCCCUUUAUUAUAAGUACUGGGCACACAGUGCCCAGCAAGUCUGCCUGGGAAGUGCUGAGGGGCCAAAGGUGUCAGUCGUCGGCCUGGAUGAUUCUGGUUUCCUCCAGGUUCACCAGGAAGAUGGCCAGGUGGUGACUGUACAUCCAGACGGCAACUCCUUCGACAUGCUCAGAAACCUCAUCAUCCCCAAACAGCAGUAGUCCCCUUGGGAAGACGGCCGGGGACCUGGGCGCUCAGAGUGGGCCUGGCACUGGAGCAGCGGGACGGGACAGUGGCUCUGACGACUCAGGACUGGCCCAUGUGCACGACCACCGCGGCAAGCAUUCCAGUUCCACUUCUGCUCUUUCCUCGCCCAUGGAUCUAGAAAACUAACUUAGAGGUGUAGGUGGAUUUUUCUCCCUCCAGUUACCCUGUUCUUUGUGUUCUGUCAGUUACUUCAUUUGGUGUUGGAAGAAGACCUGGGUGGAGGGUUGCCAGGUGGCAAAGGCUUAGUUCAGGUAAAGCCCUGCUGAAGGUGACACUUUUCUCCCCCCUUGGACUUGGAUGUGUGUUUACUGCCCCCCCUUUUUUUUUUACGUGGAAACCGCAGUGGAAUAAUUCAGAAAUUUCCCAGUGGUGGAAACCUUUACCCCUAGA